CCCCGGCCGGCUGCCGCGACCGCGAAGCGCUGAGGCGCCUGCUCAGUGCGGCAUGCGGCGCGCGAGGGGCGGCGACGGUCGCGGGUGCUCAAGCAUGGCGGCGUCGGCUCUGGGCAGCUCCUCAGGCUCCCCGUCCCCGGCCGUGGCCGAGCUCUGCCAGAACACCCCAGAGACCUUUCUGGAGGCCUCCAAGCUGCUGCUCACCUACGCGGACAACAUCCUCAGAAAUCCUAAUGAUGAAAAAUAUAGAUCUAUCCGGAUUGGAAACACAGCUUUUUCUACUAGACUCUUGCCUGUCAGAGGAGCUGUUGAAUGUUUAUUUGAAAUGGGAUUUGAAGAAGGAGAAACACAUCUUAUCUUUCCUAAAAAAGCAUCAGUGGAGCAGCUGCAAAAAAUUCGUGACCUGAUUGCCAUAGAGAGAAGUAGCAGAUUGGAUGGAUCAAAUAAAAGCCACAAAGUAGAAUUAUCUCAGCAACCUGCAGCCAGUACCCAGCUUCCUACAACACAGUCUCCAAGUCCUGUCGGGCUAACGCAGCACCCAGGGAACGGUCAAGGGCAGCCAUCAACUCCACUGUCUGCUCCAACGGUUACUGCUAAUUCAAUCAUUCUAAAGAUGCUUCUGUCCAACAUUCAGCAUGUCCUGGUCUAUGAGAACCUUGCUCUCCAGGAGAAAGCGUUGGCUUGUAUUCCGGUCCAAGAACUGAAAAGGAGAUCACAAGAAAAGUUAUCUAGAGCUAGAAAAUUGGAUAAAGGUACUAUUGUAAAUGAUGAGGAUUUUCUUUUGCUGGAGCUUUUGCAUUGGUUUAAGGAAGAAUUUUUUCACUGGGUGAAUAACAUUUUGUGCAGCAAAUGUGGUGGCCAGACUAGGUCUAGACGUGACUCGUUACCCCCCAGUGACGAUGAUCUGAAGUGGGGUGCAAACAGAGUAGAAGAUCAUUACUGUGAUGCAUGCCAGUUCAGCAAUCGAUUCCCAAGGUAUAAUAACCCUGAGAAACUUUUGGAAACAAGAUGUGGACGGUGUGGCGAGUGGGCCAAUUGUUUUACCCUGUGCUGCCGAGCUUUAGGGUUUGAAGCUCGCUAUGUUUGGGAUUACACAGACCAUGUCUGGACAGAAGUCUAUUCUCCUUCUCAGCAGCGAUGGCUGCACUGUGAUGCGUGUGAAGAUGUCUGUGACAAACCGCUCCUUUAUGAAGUAGGAUGGGGCAAGAAGAUCUCCUAUGUGAUAGCAUUCUCUAAAGAUGAGGUGGUUGAUGUCACUUGGCGAUAUUCUUGUAAACACGAAGACGUAAUCUCUAGAAGAACUCUGGUUAAAGAAGAAUUACUUCGAGAAACUAUUAACGGGCUUAAUAAGCAGAGGCAGCUAUCUUUGUCAGAAAGCCGAAGAAAAGAACUUCUCCAGAGGAUAAUUGUGGAGCUUGUUGAAUUUAUAUCUCCUAAAACUCCUAAACCUGGAGAACUGGGUGGAAGAGUAUCUGGGUCUGUGGCUUGGAGAGUAGCCCGAGGUGAAAUGGGCUUAGAGAGAAAAGAAACUGUGUUCAUCCCCUCUGAAAAUGAGAAGAUUUCUAAACAGCUCCACCUUUGUUAUAAUACUGUGAAAGAUGGCUAUAUCCGAGUUUCAGAUAACAAUCAAGCCAUUUCUGGAUGGGAGAAUGGUGUGUGGAAAAUGGAAUCCAUAUUCAGAAAAGUUGAAACAGACUGGAACAUGGUGUAUUUAGCCCGAACAGAAGGAUCGUCCUCUGCAUAUAUUUCCUGGAAGUUUGAGUGUGGAUCAGUCGGUCUCAAAGUAGAUAGCAUUUCCAUUAGAACAAGUAGUCAGACCUUUCAGACUGGAACAGUACAGUGGAGACUGCAAUCUGGUGCAACACAAGUAGAACUGACGGGAGAUAAAAAGCUUCGCUCCUAUAAUGAUUUUUCUGGUGUCACUGAAGUUAUUUUGGAAGCAGAAUUAAGCCAAGGAGAUGGUGAUGUUGCUUGGCAACAUACGCAGCUGUUUAGACAAAGCCUAAAUGACCAUGAAGAAAAUUGUUUGGAGAUAAUUAUAAAAUUCGGUGACCUUUGAGAACCUGAAUAUUAUAGAAAUGCUGGCAAUAAUCAAGAACUUCCCGUGGUCUGAAGUUGUCCGUUGAUUCAGUGCAUGCUUUGUUGGCAGUUUACUACCCCCUGUGCUGGUAUAUUUCUUCUGCUGGCUGUCCGUCAUGUAAGCCUCAUGAAAGUAUAUCAUUAUGGUCUGGACCACAGCAAAAUCUUGAAUGAAAAUCUCCCUUCCAUGUAUGGCUAUAGUUUUAAUGGUUAGAGUAAAGUCUUAUUGCCCUAAUAUGAGAUUUUAAUCUGAAAACUAUAAGUAUAGUUUUAAAAGUGAAAUAAUGGUAUUCAUGAUUAAAUACUAUUCAUGACUAUAGUAAAAUCCUGAGCUAAUAAUAGUAAUUUGACAUUUUCUGAUCAGCCAUUGAUUUCUCCAUAAACAGUUGGAUUAGAUUUUCCUAAGAUUUUUCAUUUGUAAUAAAUGUGAAAGUAUAGUAUCUUUUAAGUUAUAUAAUGCAUAAAAAAUUUUUAUGAUUGUAAAGAUGCAGGCAUUUGAGAAAUAAAAUGAAUUAUUUUGCCUUA